UGGUAACACUGACAAUUGAUAACAUUUGAUGACUGAUGACAUAUUAGUUUGACGUAUUUUUCUAAUCAACUCAAUCGCUAUUUUGAUUAUAUAUUCUUGUUAAUAUAUUAGAAUUAAAAUGGGAUGUAAUAAAGAAUUAAUAUAUUGACUAAACGUAACCUAAAAUUUUUAAAUGAGCAAGGAAACGUCAGAGAUCAAAAGUGUCAAUGCCAAACAUCCUUGGAAGAAUGUUGGCAUAUCAGAUCCACGAGCACGGUUGAAGAAUCUCUCGGAUUAUGCUUCCACAGUAGAAAUGGACCGUAACAUUCCACCUCAAAGAUAUUAUCGUUCUGGUGUAGAGAUGAUUAGGAUGGCAGAUAUGUGCAUGAAAGAUAAUAAUCUUGAAUAUGCAUAUAUUUUAUACGUCAAAUUCAUAACGAUUUUUGUUGAAAAAAUAAGAAAUCAUCCACAAUUUGACACAGUAUCAUUAAAAGAUAAGGAGCAUAAUCAACAAACAUUACGUAAAGUACUUCCUAAGGCUGAAGAAUUAAAGAAACAAUUAUUAGAACAAUAUCAAACAGAAUUAAAUAAGUAUCUGGAAGAUGUAAAAGAAAGAGAAAAAAUUGAAAAGGAAAGACUGAAACAAGAAGAAUUAGAAAAGUUGAGAGAAGAGGAAGAAAGAAAGAACAAAUUAGCUGCAUUAGCAGCUGUUAAAGCAGCAGAAGCUGCUAUGGUUGCAAGUGUAACAUCUCCUGAAGAUGCCAAGCUUAAAAAAAUUUCGAGUAUACCAUCAAGACCAUUAGUAAGUCCAUCUAGUGAUAUAACUGCACAGACAUCUAAAGAAAAACCCACUAUAGAUCGCUCAACAAAACCUUCUUUGCUUUGUGACAGUUUUACUUUAAGAGACAUAGUAUUGCCAACUAAAUUAAUGCAAAACUUCCUCAUGUUGGCAUUCUCUAACACUAUGAAUAAUAAAGAAACUUGUGGUAUAUUAGCAGGCAAAUUAGAAAGAAAUAAAUUAGUUGUUACACAUUUAUUAAUUCCUGAACAAACUGGAUCCCCAGAUUCUUGUGUAACGUAUAAUGAAGAAGAUAUAUUUGAUUAUCAGGAUCAACAUAAUUUGAUUACUCUUGGUUGGAUACAUACGCAUCCUACACAGACUGCCUUUCUAUCUAGUGUUGAUCUUCAUACACAUUGUGCAUAUCAACUUAUGAUGGCUGAAGCCAUUGCCAUUGUUUGUGCUCCUAAAUAUGAUGAAACAGGAUUUUUCAUUCUGACUCCAGAAUAUGGAUUAGAAUUUAUUGCCAAUUGCAGAGAAACUGGAUUUCAUCCACAUCCAACAGAUCCUCCACUAUACACGAAAGCAAAACACUGUAAGUUGGAUGUAACUGCAGUGAUAGAAGUAGUGGACCUAAGAAGAAAAUGACAUCUUUUAGAUGUGUAUACACAUUUUUGCAUAUGUAUAUACUUUAAUGUGUACAACUAUUGUAUAACAAGUUAUGUAUUUAAUUAUCAAAUACGUUAUACUAAGUGAAAGAAAUGAAAAAUUGCAGACAUUUUAGCUUAAAAAACAUAAGAAUUUAGCAGUUGCAAGGCUUUCAAUAUUUUUAUGACAAAGCAUUUAAUAUAUUAAAAAUCUUUAAUAUAUUUGAAGUAAAAUUGUGCAUUUAAAAUCGGUAGAAUAAAAUAAUGCAAUAUUUAAUUGGUAAAUUAUAGUAGAUUACACAAAGAACUUUAUAUAAUUUAAGAAUUUUUAAUAAUUAAUGAUUAGAAAUUAUUUUGACUGAAAAUAAGCAUUAUCGUUAACAAAUAGUAUUAACAUUUUCAUUUUACGAGUAUCAAAGGAUUUUCAACCUCAUGGAAUGAAAAUAAGACAAAUUUGUUUACGUAUAAUUUAUGUAAAAAUAGAAUAUUUAAGAUAGUGUGAUACAAAUGUGCUUCUAUUACUUUUUCAGAAUAUUUAUAUUUAUUUACUCAGGUAAUACAUUGUGUACCGAAAAAUAAAUGUAUAACAAAAAUUUUUAUAAACAUUAGCAGUGCGCGAAAUGUGUGUAUAAGUUUACGUGCCUUUCAUGGAAAAAUAAUGGUGUUCAUAACCUCAUGUUAACCACAUGAAGUAUGUAACGUUCAAUUGUAGAUAUUGCACGAUAUCAUCGAAUAACAUUAUUUAUGAUUGGAUCAUUCAAUGAAAUCGUAUCGUUACGUAAAAUCGUAAUCGAAAGAUCAAUAAAUUGCAUUGACACACUGUGCUAGUCAUAACCUAAUAUACCGAGCUUGUUAUGAAAUAUGUUGGUACACUAAAUCGAUAUAUCAGCCUUGAGCGAUGCUUCACUUUAUGUACUCUAUAAUACAAUAUUGUAUUUAAAAAUUGUAUAGUACCAAUAGAUGCUGUGUUAAUUGAUAUCGGUAUAAAAUAUUUGUAUUAGUAGGUACCUGAGAUAACUUUUGUGUACUUAAAGGUUUAAUUACACGCUUACGUAUUGUU